GGGAUUCCCUGUUCUAGUAAUGCAUGUGAACACUUUCAAGAACUUUUGUUUUUUCUUUCUGAAUUCUAGUUUUACUAUAUUUAUUUUCCUCAAAAUAAUCUUUUAAAAUCUUUCUUAUUGUCUUCUCCUCGUGAUAGAGAGGAGGACCAGACUCUCUGUUGUCAACUAGUGACAGUUUACUUAAUUGUAUGGUUGCUAAAAUGUUUUCUUUACAUUGAAUUUGCACAACUUUUUGCUGUCUUUAUAAUAUUUUGUUGGGUUGAUUUUGUACUCUGUUUUAUCCUUAAAGAACUAGAAUCACUCGUGAAGGGUUCUUGAAUAUUUUAAAGUUUCUUGGGAACUUUUCACAAUUUCUCCUACAAAUCUAGGUUUCUACUUUUCUCUUAAAAAGUAUAAAUCAAUAUUCGUUUUACAGUUCCUUCAGAAGUUUGCAGAGGUAUUUCUUCAUCUCAAAGGAAACCAUUUGUUCUCAUCUCUCAUUCACCUUUUAUUUUUUUUGAUAAAACUGAAAAGAAAAAAAUAAUCUCUUAGAGCUCAAAAUUUUCCAGCAUUUUCUCUUCCUGCUAGGUGUCUUGAGAAGGAGAAGAAACUCUAACACAGGUAUUGAUAAUCAUGAUGCUUAUGUGAUUAUCUUUGUGUGGUCUUGUGUGUGGAUAUGGAGAAACACAUUUGUGGAUUACCAUUACUGCUUCUAGUUCUGGUUUUAGCCUCUAUUGAUGGAUCAACACAGCUUCAAUCAUCUCAAUCUCAAACCCUCCUGAGGCUUCAACAGCUUCUCUACUACCCUAAAGUCUUAACCAGCUGGAACAACUUUACAGAUUUCUGCAACUCUGAGCCAAAUUCCUCCCUAACCGUUGUAUGCUACGAAGAUAGUGUAACGCAGCUUCACAUCAUAGGAGACAGAAGAGGUCAUAUGUUACCAAAGAGUUUCUCAAUAGACUCUUUUGUUACUACUCUUGCUAAGCUCCCUGAUGUUAAAGUUCUCACCCUUGUGUCUCUCGGUGUAUGGGGUCGGUUACCUGAUAAAAUCAACCGUUUAUCCUCAUUAGAGAUUCUCAAUGUGAGUUCUAACUUCCUCUUUGGACCUGUACCACAUGAACUCUCGUCACUAGCUAGUCUUCAGACACUUAUACUCGAUGAGAAUAUGUUUUCUGGUCUUGUACCGGAUUGGAUUGGUUCUUUACCGAGUUUAGCUGUGUUGAGCUUGAGAAAGAAUGCUUUCAACGGGUCCUUACCUUCUUCACUGAGUACCUUGUCAGGUCUUAGAGUUCUUUCUCUAGCUAAUAACCGGUUUAGUGGAGGUUUACCUGAUUUGAGCCAUUUGACAAACCUUCAAGUGCUUGAUCUUGAAUCAAACUCUUUUGGACCGAUGUUUCCUCAGUUAAGCCACAAGUUGGUUACUCUUAUACUCAGCAAGAACAUGUUUAGGUCUGCAGUAUCAUCUCAAGAAGUGAGUUCUUUGUAUCAGCUUCAACAUUUGGAUCUUUCAUUCAACACAUUCGUUGGUCCUUUCCCUACUUCCUUGAUGUCUCUCCCAGCAAUAACCUACUUGAACAUUUCACACAACAAACUCACCGGGCGGCUUUCGACAAAUCUUUCUUGCAACUCACAGCUGAUGUCUGUUGAUCUUUCAUCUAAUCUUCUUACAGGAAGCUUGCCUGAUUGUCUUAAACCGAGCUCAGGAGCUAGCAGAGAUGUUGUCUAUGCAGGUAACUGUUUGGCUACUGAAAUUGAAGACCAGCGUCCAGUUUCACUUUGUAGCAAUGAAGCUCUUGCUGUUGGGAUCUUACCACAGAGGAGGAAAAGAGUUUCCAAGUUGGGUAUUGCCUUAGGUGUAACCGCAGGCAUCCUAGGGUUGAUUCUCCUCGCUGGUGCAGUGUUUGUAGUUCGUAGGAGGAUUAAUGCUAAGAGGAAAGAAACUAAAGCUUCUCCAAGAUUGAUCAAAGAGAAUGCUUCAAUGGGAUACACAUCAAAGCUACUCUCAGAUGCAAGGUAUAUCUCUCAAACAAUGAAGCUAGGAGCGCUUGGUCUUCCAGCUUACAGGACAUUCUCACUUGAAGAACUUGAGUAUGCAACAAAUAACUUUGAAUCCUCUGCUUUCAUGGGUGAAGGUUCUCAAGGACAGAUUUAUAGAGGGAGGUUGAAAGAUGGAUCAUUUGUGGCAAUUAGAUGUUUGAAAAUGAAGAAAAGUUGCAGCACUCAAAACCUGAUGCAUCACAUAGAGCUCAUUGCUAAGCUGAGGCACCGUCAUUUGGUUAGUGUGCUAGGGCACUGUUUUGAGUGCUACUUAGAUGACUCAACAGUCAGCAGAAUGUUCUUUGUCUUUGAGUAUGUCCCAAAUGGAGAACUCAGGAGCUGGAUCUCUGAUGGGAAUAUGGGAAGAUUGCUUACUUGGGAACAACGCAUAAGCGUAGCGAUAGGUGUAGCAAAAGGGAUACAGUUCUUGCAUACUGGUAUCGUGCCUGGUGUUUAUGACAACAACUUGAAGAUAACAGACGUUUUGCUUGACAAUAACCUCGCUGCAAAAAUCAGUAGCUAUAACCUUCCUUUACUUGUGGAAGGUCUUGGAAAGGUGGGUCAAGUAGUUUCAAGAACUGGACCCAAAGGAACUCAAAGCCUCAAAGAUGAAGAUAAAAUGGAUAUCUAUGACUUUGGGGUGAUCUUGCUUGAACUUAUAGUGGGAAGACCAUUGAAAGCAAAGGGUCAAGUAGAUGUUCUAAAAGAGCAGUUACAAGCGAGCAUCUCAGGGGAUGAUGGAGCGCGUAGGAGCAUGGUGGAUCCAAAGGUCUAUAAAACUUGUUCAGACCAAUCAAUGAAGACAAUGAUGGAGAUAUGUGUAAGGUGUCUUCUCAAAGACCCUUUAGAACGCCCUUCCAUUGAAGAUGUUCUGUGGAAUCUUCAGUUUGCUUCUCAAGUCCAAGAAGGUUGGCUACAAAACAGCAAUCCCUCAAGCUUUCGCGGCUCGCCUUCUCUUGCAGCUUCCUCUCUUCCUACUCCCUCUCGUUUACACAUAACAACACUCGAAUCUCCACGAGACUCAGGAUAUGAAGAGCAUGAGAGGUAG